GAGAGCGAUGUGCAGUUUGGAGAGACGCGGCGAUGUUUUCAUCCUCACAAUCACCGGCGACGAUCAGCACCGCCUCAACCCCAAUCUAAUCGACUCAAUCCGGGCGGCGCUCGCCCGGGUCAAGUCAGAAUCGUCUCUCUCCGCCACGGCCCUCAUCACCACAGCUCAGGGAAAGUUCUUCUCCAACGGCUACGAUCUCAAUUGGGCCUUAUCCGACCCGGCCCGAAUCCGGCCGAAAAUCAUGUCGAAGAAGCUCCGUCUCUUGGUGGAGGACCUAAUUUCUCUCCCGAUGCCAACAAUCGCGGCGGUCAACGGGCACGCCUCCGCCGCCGGGUUCGUCCUCGCCCUCUGCCACGACUACCUCCUCAUGCGGAGGGACCGAGGGUUCCUCUACAUGAGCGAGCUCGACAUCGGCUACACGAUUCCCCGGUGGUUCGUGCAGGUUGUUAAAAGCAAGACGGAAUCCCCGAGGAUUUGGAGGGGAGUGGUGAUGGCGGCGGCGAAGAUCACAGCAGAGAUGGGGGUGGAGUGGGGGAUUGUGGAUUCGGCCCACGAUGGUGCUGAGGCGACGGAGGAGGCGGCGGUGAGGCUAGGGAGGGAUUUGGUGGGCAGGAAGUGGGAUGGGGAGGUGUACGCUGCAAAUCGGAGAAUCGUGUUUGCUGAGGUGUUGGCGGUGCUUGGCUCCGAUGAGUCUGUGGGAGAUUCGGGCGAUUUCGAGGUGGUUUCAAGGUUGUGAACCCACUUUAACUAUCCCCUAUUUUUUUGGGUUGUAUGUUCAGAAGUCAGAUUGAUGUGUGUAAAAUAAAAGGGCAAAUCGUGGUCAUUAAUCCUAUAUUUGAUGCUGAAAUUGUAUGAGUUGGUGAUGUAGAUAUCAGUAGGAUCAUCAAUAUCAGCUGAUAAUGAUUUAGUUGUUGUCAGUUUCUAAUUUUAGUAAUGAAAUGUUCCAAUAUUGUUCUUCAA